GCACACUUCCUGUAAAUGUGUCCUGGGGCCCCGGGGUCCCCGCCGCCUGCAAUACCGCCCUUUGCCUCAUUUAACCCUUUGUGCUGAUAAUGGAGCGCGCGCCUCCUCCCAGCCGAUCGAGUUAACAUGGGACCGGGGGCUGCUAUUUCUGGGGACGCCGUCCUGUGGCUGGGGUAAUGAAUUCCCAGAUUCCCCAUUUACCCCUCUGGGUCAUUCACGGAUUCUGCCUCUCGUCACCUGGUUUGCCCCUGCAUAGGGCAGCUACUGAUAAUGUCACCCCCAGCCUCGGCGGCCAGCGAGAGCAGCACCGGCUCCGUACCACAGGAGGACCCCGAUACCGCUCGCGAACCGCAAAGGCCGGUGAAGCAGUCAUUCAGCAAGUCCCUGUGCCGGGAGUCCCACUGGAAAUGCCUCCUCCUGUCCCUUCUCAUCUACGGCUGCAUGGGCGCCAUGACAUGGUGCCACGUUACCAAGGUCACCCGUCUAACCUUCGACAGCGCCUACAAAGGUAACUCCAUGAUGUACCACGACAGUCCCUGCUCCAACGGCUACGUGUACAUCCCUCUGGCGUUCCUGGUGAUGCUGUACGUGGUGUAUCUGGUGGAGUGCUGGCACUGCUACACGCGCAACGAGCUGCAGUACAGGGUGGACCUGGGGAGCGUUGAAGAGCGCGUUCAGAGGAUGCAGCAGGCCACGCCGUGUAUCUGGUGGAAGGCCAUCAGCUACCACUACGUGCGCAGGACACGGCAAGUGACGCGCUACCGCAAUGGCGACGCUUACACCACCACUCAGGUGUACCACGAGCGGGUUAACACGCACGUCGCCGAAUCGGAGUUUGACUACAGUAAUUGUGGGGUGAAGGACGUCUCCAAAGACCUGACCGACCUGGACAGUUACCCCGUGACCCGGCUACGCUUCACCAAAUGCUUCAGCUUUGCCAACGUGGAGUCAGAGAACUCCUACCUGACGCAGCGUGCCAGAUUCUUCACCGAGAACGAGGGUUUGGAUGAUUACAUGGAAGCUCGAGAGGGAAUGCACCUGAAAAAUGUGGACUUCAAGGAGUACAUGGUGGCAUUUUCUGACCCGGACAACCUUCCGUGGUACGUCUCCCACUACGUGUUCUGGGUGGCUGCCCUUCUGACGUUGUCCUGGCCCCUGCGGGUCCUCAACGAAUACCGCACUUCAUGUGUCCACUAUCACGUGGAGAAACUCUUUGGCUUCGAUUACACUCCGGUCACGCCGGCCGACGAUCGCACCUUGUGUCGAAGGAUGCCCAGGGUUAAUACCAUAGACAGCACGGAGCUCGAGUGGCACAUCCGAUCCAAUCAGCAGCUGGUGCCCAGCUACUCCGAGGCUGUGUUAAUGGACCUGGUGGGCAUCUCCGCAGGCUACACGGUCUCCCGUUACACGCGGGGCUACCGGCAGAACUGCGAGAGGUGCCACCGAACCAUCAGCAGCUCUUCCAUUUUCUCCCGCAGCGCUCUUAGCAUCUGCAACGGCAGCCCCAGGAUACCCUUCAGCAGCAGCCGAUUCUCGCUCGGGCGUCUCUACGGGUCCCGCCGCAGCUGUCUCUGGCAGAGUCGGAGUGAGAGCCUGAACGAGCAGGGAUGUCCCAGCGAGCAGACGCGGCUUUCCAGCCAAGUAACGGUGGAGGAAGAGGAGCCGCCGCCGUACCAAGAUGCCCUCUACUUCCCCAUCCUCAUCGUCCACCGUAACGAAGGCUGUCUUAACCACGAUCACCGGCGCCUUCAUCGCAAUGGGUCUUGUGUGGAGACCUCACUGUGACACCAAAUGUCUACUCAGCGCUCUCAUCACGAGGCGGAUACGAUCUACCUGGAAACUAUAACAUGCCCAGUAACAGGCAAAAACCCGCCCCUCUCUGUGGCAGAGACGAGGGGCAUCUUUACAUCCAUCGGGGCACGUGUGCACGUAUGCGGAAUUCACAACACGCGGAAUGAAACGUCCA